GAUGACACCGUUCCCAAUCUGAAAGACCUCAAAGAUGCUAUUCCCAAGGAAUGCUUCGACUCCUCGGCCGUCACCUCCCUCCUCUACGUUGCCCGUGACAUCCUCUACUGCGCUAUCCUGACCUACGCUGCCUUCCACAUCUACCUCCUCCCUACAUUGGAGCUGCGAAUCAUUGCCUGGGCUGUCUAUGGCUUCUUCCAGGGCUGUGUUGGCACGGGACUCUGGAUUUUGGCCCAUGAGUGCGGCCAUGGUGCUUUCUCCCGCCACCAGAAGCUGAACGACUUUGUCGGCUGGGCCCUUCACUCUUUCUUGAUGGUGCCUUACUUCUCCUGGAAGAUCACCCAUGCUCGCCACCACCGUUACACCGGUCACAUGGAGAAGGAUACCGUCUUCGUGCCCUGGACCGACUCGCAGUUGGCCAAGAAGAAGAACGUGCGCAUCGAGCAGUUGAAGCACUUGACUGAGGAGACCCCGAUCGUCUCUUUCGUCCAGCUCAUCGGUCACCAGCUCAUGGGCUGGCAGCUGUACCUCUUUCUCAACGUCACCGCUGGCCCGAAGAGUUUGCCCGAGAACCGUCCUCUGAAGGGCAUCUCCAGCCACUUCAACCCCUUCGGCCCUAUCUUCACUCGCGCUCAGUGGGUCAGCAUUGCGCUGUCUGAUUUGGGUCUGCUCAUCAUGGGAUCUGUUCUGUACUAUGCCUCUACCCAGAUCGGAGGCUGGAACGUUGUUCUCCUAUACGUGAUCCCCUACCUCUGGGUUCACCACUGGCUGAUUGCCAUCACGUACCUCCAGCACACCCACCCUGCCGUUCCUCACUACAGUGCCGAGACCUGGACCUACACCAAGGGCGCUCUGGCCACGAUCGACCGCAGCAUUGGCUUCAUCGGCCGUCACUUCUUCCACGAGAUCAUUGACUAUCACGUUGUUCACCACUUGUUCAGCCGCAUUCCCUUCUACCACGCGGAGAAGGCUACCAAGGCCAUCCAGCCCAUGCUCGGCGCCAACUACCACGAGGAAAAGCAGGAGAGCUUCUUGUACUCUCUCAUGACGACUUUCAGAAAGUGCAUCUAUGUGUCCGACAAAGGAAGUGGCAAGAGCGAGGCGCCUGGUGUCUUUCACUUUGUCCUCGCCGAUGAGAGAAAAUAG